GUUAGCCCCAACGCCGUCAUCAUCCCCUCCUUUUCGUUGCUCGGAGAUCGUCGCCGCCGCUGCUCAGAGAUGGCCGCUACAGAAGGUUGUCGGCGUUACUGGAGGUUGACAGUUAGAUAUGGCUGAGGAAUGCUUAUCACAAGCAAUGGAUCUGAGUGGUUUGUUACUUAUUUAUUCUGCUCUCGGUGAUGCCAAAGGAAUUGCUAAACUUGCAUCUCUUGCUAAAGAACAAGGGAAGAACAAUGUGGCCUUCUUUUGUUUAUUUUUGUUAGGAAAAUUCGAUGACUGCCUUCAAUUGUUGGUUGAUAGCAACUGUAUUCCAGAAGCUACCUUGAUGGCGCGUUGUUAUCUUCCAAGCAAAGUCUCAGAGAUCGUUGCAAUUUGGAAGAAAGAUCUCAUUAAGGUCAAUCCAAAGGCUGCAGAGUCCUUGGCUGAUCCUGAAGAGUACUCAAACUUAUUUGAGGACUGGCAGGUUGCUCUUGCUGUAGAGUCUAAUACCACCCAAAAUAGCCAAUUUAAAGUUGGAGCAUUUAUGGGGAACUACUUAAAUGUUAUAGCUUAUGAGCAUCAGUUGUCAUUGUGAAGUUUUUUAGUUACUACUGCUUGUUUUUUAGCACCAUAUUGCUAAUUGAUGUCACUCAUUAGCUAUUUGUGCAG